AUGCCCACUGAAGACAAGCCUCUGCCCUCUAUCCAAGUCGACGACGGCAUGCAGACGACCACGUUCCUAUCACCACACGAUAUUGUGGCGCAGGUCCGCGAGGCGACGUAUUCACCCUCGCCCCUGCUCCGGAUACUGCAGGACCCCAGCCUCCAGCCGUCGGAGCCGGGGGAGAAGGAGCGCAAGGAGAAGCGCAGGCGGCCCUCUCGUUCUCCGCGGCGCGAGCACCGUGCGGAGAUGGUGGCCGCUAUCGCCAUCGCCGAGGAGGAGCGCGAGACGAAGCGCCUCAAGGCCCUCCUCCGGGUGUCGGGCGACCGGCUCGAGCACGAGAUCCGGCGAGCCGACGACGCUCUCGCGCGCCUGGAGGCGUCGGAGCGGAACGAACGAGAGCUCGAGGCGCGUAUCCGGCGUCUAGAGGCGGAGAACGACGAGCUGCACCGGCAUACGGUCCGCGCUGAGCGCGACGCGCGGGAUUACCAGACGCAGCUGGAGGUGGCGCAACGCGAGGUGCUCCGUUUGCAGGACGACCUGGUUGGGGCACGACGAGAGAUGGACGAGCUGCAGUACUCGGAGUCCAAGGCCCUCGCGAGCGCGAAGAAGUACCAGAUGACGGUGCACUCGCUGGAGCUAUAUGGCAAGCAGCGCGAGAAUGAGAUCCAGGCUGCCGUGGAUCGGUGGUACAAUACCGGGAGGGAUGACGGGUACGAGGAGGGACAUGCUGAGGGCUAUGACGAAGGGCGGAAGGCUGGAUUGAAGGAAGGGUUGAAGAAGGGGCGGAAACAGGGGUUGAAGGAGGGAUUUGAGGAGGGCCAGAGAGAGGAGUGGCGGAACGCGGCUGAGAGGUUUGACAAAUACCUGGCUACAGCAGGCAACGUUGGGAGUGAGCGCACGCGCCGGUGGGCACAGUCGAUCUACAGGGGCCCUGGGUGCUCGGAGACGACGCUGGGCCCAUCCGACUCCGAGUCUGUUCGCUGUCGUCUUGACAGUCCAGUUGCUGUGGCGGUGAGAACGCAGCUGAUGAUGAUGAGGAGUGGUGAUGACGAUGGCCCGAUCUGGAUGUGA